CCAGAUUUUAUAUAUACUUUGUUUCUCACGCCGUAGGAAUUGGUAAGAUGCGUUCGUAUGAUUAGUCAUGUGGUAUCUUCAGAUUGUUCGAACAUUUCGAGUAUGCCCUAGUAUCUAGGUGUACGAUAGAUAAUCACUUGUUUCUCUUCCUUAGGGCCUAUAUAGAUUUAGUUUUUCUUUAUUGAGAGUUUUGCUCCCGAUCUAUUGCCCCUCAUCCCCGCAAGCACUUGGUCAGUUUCUUUGCAGUUUGUGAGAUAAUUGGUGAAUGAAUCCGGCUUGGCUGUCUUUGCGGCUCCUAGCCUUGUAGUGAUUAUGGCUGCGCACCUAUUGAUCGGUGGAAUUGCGUGAAUUUUGCUUACAUUUGUGCAAAUUGUUCAUCUUAAUUUACAUGAAGUGCAAUGGGUGUAUUCCCUUGGUUUUGGUAAAUACUAAAUUCUUAUUUUUUGAGUACCAGGUGGUUGCUUCCCUGUCUAUAUCUGCGGUAUUAUUUGCUCCCCUCUCUGCAGCACUUGGUUAUUGCAACAUUAGCCAAACCGCGUUGUAAUCUUUAAAAUGGUGUUGUAAGUAUUAGUGUAUUACCAAGGAUUAAUAUAUGUUUUAAAACUGCAUAAUUUUCUCUUUUUUAGUUAUCUGGUCUGCUUAUUCUUAAAAAAAUAGUAUGUGGUCUGCUUGUGUAUCAUUUGCUGGCACAUUAUUCUGGAGCCCAGGGUUUUGUGAUAGGAAUGAAACCAAUUAACAAAUGCUCUAUUCUACUAAUUUAUGAGUUUUUGUUAUGCAGAAAAAUGUAAUUAUAAAAACCGUUUGCAAGAGUGGACUCAACGGAAUAACCAGAAAUUGCCAGUUUACCUUACUCAGUCGAAAGGUGACCCUCAUCAACUUGUGUUCAGAAGCACCGUAGAGGUGGGUGGCAAGACGUUUCCAUCAGAUCAUAAUCAUAGUCGCCUGAAGGAUGCGGAGCAGGAUGCUGCCAAAGUGGCCUGUAAGAACUUGGUGACAAUAGAUGAUCCUACAGAUGUGCUUGGGCUGAUUGAACAGGGUGUGGUGUUCUGCAAAUCAAUCCUCAAUGAAUUCGCUGUUAAGACAAAAGCCACUCAGCCCACUUACUCUGUAGACCGCCCAAAAGGGCUACCACCCAUGACCCUGUUUGUUUCAUCUGUGUUGUUCUCUGGGAACACUUACACUGGUGAAGCUGCAACAAAUAAGAAGGACGCGGAGCAGAAGGCAGCUCGUGCUGCAAUCAAAUCUAUUUUAGCUACAAACAACACUUGUAUGAAGGAAAUUAUCAGAUCAAAGAAAGAGCUUAUCAUUGCCAUUGCAUCGUCUGGGUUCAACAAAGAAACAAAUGCUGUGACUACUGUCACUCCUAUAAUAUUUGUGCGCGCUGUUGGAGCUGCGUGUCCAACUGCUGAUCAAGGAGCGAACAUCAUUACAGAAGCUGAUCCAUCUGGCCAAGCUGUAUCUGGCUCCAAGAAGCGCAAGAAGCACAGAACUACAGGACAGAAUGUCAACCAUCGUAGCGUGAGGUUGGCGUAAGGUCUUGUCAUCUAUGGUGGUGGAAAUGAAGGGAUUGCUGACUAUAUGGUGCCGUCUAAUGACAUGCUUUUGGAUCAUCUGUUUGUGCUUGUUGGAAUUGCAUUGGUUUAGCGAUCGUACCCUCUGUAGAUUUCUGUAGUUACCUUCAGUCGUUUGAGGAACUCAGGUUUCUGUAGAAGUAGGUUCGGUCUUUCUCAGGAACUAGGAUUUCUGUGAUGUAACUGGUGGUUUGCUGUAUCGUUUCCAAUUCGUGUCUGUGUCAGAUCUCUUAAGGCCUCGUUCGUUGCUGGUGUU